UCCAAAGUCGCGCAAUAUUCCCUUGUUUAUUCCGUGUACCUUUGUUGUGUGAUAUUUAUCUCUCUUUCCUCUGAAUAUGUGAAAUAUAAACACCUCUGGAUUAUAAUCGAUCUUCUCCACGAGUUUCUUCAGAGCUUCGUUUUUUGUGUUUUAUAAAUCCUGUGCUCUCUAACGUUGCAGGAGCUAACUGUGGCUAACAGCUAGCUGAGUGUUGGUGUUAUUGUUUUGAAGUUUUUAAAGAAAAAGCUGCAGAUCUUUCCCUGCCAUGACGUCAGCCUCUGCUAAGGUGGGGGAGAUCUUCUCUGCUGCUGGAGCCGCCUUCAGUAAACUGGGAGAGCUGACCAUGCAGUUACACCCAGUAUCAGACUCCAGUCCUGCAGGAGCGAAGUGGACGGAGACGGAGAUCGAGUUGCUUCGAGUCGCCGUGCGUCGUUUCGGAGACGAUCUGAACAACAUCAGCUCGGUGAUCAAAGAGCGAACUGUGGCUCAGAUUAAGAGCACGGUGAAGAGGAAGCUGUACGAAGACAGCCGCGUUCCCAUCGAAUCGCCCAAAAAAAACACGAAGAAGAACACCGCCGCCGUCGCCAUGACGACGACAUCCGGCGCCCCCAACCCCCCGGCGAUGAUCCCCGUGCCGACGUCACAGGUCGUCAUCACGGCAACGGGCAUGCAGAACAGCCCCUCCCUGGCCCCGCCCCUCAAGAAGCAGAAGACCUCAGAUGUGACCCUCAGCGCUCUGAACGACUCGGAUGUAAACAGCGACCUCGUGGACAUCGAAGGACUCGGAGACUCCAACAACAAGAAACUCAACUUCGACCAAGAAAACUUGAACCUGGACUCCUCCCUCAUCAUGAACUCCAGCGACCUCCCACUGCUGUCACGCUGACCUUUGACCUCUGACCUCUCAGCGUCCUCUCUUACUUCAAUUUAUUUUACAAAGGUUCCUGUUUCCUGAUCUGUCCGAAUCUCUCAUUUAAAGUAAAAAACAGUGAGUAGAAAUCAUCCGCAGCACCAACAUAAUAAACCGUUUAUUAUCAUUUUUUUUUUUUUUUAAAGACAGCAGCUCAUUUUCCUCGUCCUUUUUUAGACAUUUUGAGUUUUUUUUGUGCGACAGAAUUAUGUUUCCAUCAGUGUGUGACGUCCUGAGCGUUUAUCAUGUAACGCUCAGAUAAUGUGAAGACGCUGAAAUAUGAAUAAAUCACGCAAGGAUAAGUCGAUCAUUUGUGCUCUUUUUAAUCCUUUAAUACUGGAAACAGUGAUUGGAUUAAACAAUAAAAGAAGAAACUCAAUUAUUUGUA